CGGGGAAUGUCGGGAAGCGCACGGGUCGGUCGGCCGGUCCGACGCGAGCGCUUCGCCGAGCUGGAAGCCAUUGCGCGGAUUCGGAGCUCCGCGUCCAUUUAGAGACGCGACGCGUCCGGGCGCGCUCAUUACGUCCUGUGACGUUACAGUGUUAGUAUGUGUGGACGACGGGGGGAAAUAACGUUCGAGUGUAACGGCGGCGGGCGUCGCUCGCGGGUUCCGGGUGUUUGUCGCCGCAGGUUCACAAUGACACGCGGGGAAAAUGGAGUCUCAAUGGAGCCUGAAGAACAAAGGUUGAGUUUCUUCACCGCCUGGACCUGGAGACACAGUUUCCCUGAUUUUCCAGGGAGUCGUGAGCAAUGGAAGUGCUGCAGUGCGAUGGCUGUGAUUUCCGCGCAGACUCCAACGAUGAGCUCAAAGCGCACAUACAGGACGUCCACACGGCAUUCCUGCAGCCCGCUGAGGUGCGAGAGGAAGACGAAUCUCCCCGAAGGUCCAGAUCAAACUCCUUAAACUCCCUCAGCCCCUUAGAGGACGAUGAAAACCAUUACAGCUCAAUGAGAAAGGGUACAGGCCUCAAUACCUUGAACAAAGACCUCGGGCACUUCUCUGGUUCAAAACAAACAAAACCUAAUCAGUCAUCAAAACCUUUGUGCAAACCAUUUUUUCAGUGCAAGUUCUGCGUGCGCUACUUCAGAUCCAGCACUCUUCUUAGUGAACACACAAGGAAGGUCCACGGUAUUACUGGAGAAGUUUCACUAAGCGACGAGAGCUCCUUCAACAUUUCCAAGCAGUCCGCCAGCACAGUUACAACUCAAGGCAGUGUAGGAACGAUCUUCUCUUGCCAGUAUUGCAAUUAUAAAUCCCCACACAGAGCACGAAUUCUCAAACACCAGAAAGUGCAUCACAAAGAUGGUCUACCAGGCCACUCGAGUUCGCCUGUGGCGGCAAAGGUUGCCGAUGUGGACUCCGAUGUCUCCUCCACUGAAGAACGGUGCGAAGAGUCACAGAGAGAUGUUCUAGAACAUCACGUGCUGGAGUCUAUGAUUAAACCCCAGUCAAAGGGAAGCUUUAACUGUGAGUGGUGUGGCUUUCAGACAUCACAACGGCAGCCAUUAGCUAAUCAUAUGAUGAAGAAACACCGUAACAUGGUGAAGAUCAUGGCAUCAUUGCAGCAGCCCAAGAUACAGGAUGGAAGCGCUGGAUCCAGCAAGUCUGAUUCUGCCUCGUCAAGGAGAAGCACUCCAACCUCCAGUCUGGUACUGAAUGAUCUAGCUAUCAAUGAAGGUUCCUCCAUGAAUCCCUCAUCAAUCAAAGGAUCCUCUGGCAGCGCAUCACUUAAGGCCACUAAAGGGAUAUCAAAUUUUCAAUACGCACCGCUCGCAGCAAAAAUACCCAACAGCACAGGAUCUUCCAUACUGUCCGAGAGAUCCACUUUCACCAUGUCAGAUAUGUCUAGCUCUGGUGUGGCUCUAGAUGCCAGCACAUUGAAUGAUUCUAGAAGCAGUUCAGAUGAUGAGGUCUGUGACUUGGAUGACCCUAGUUAUACAGAGCCAGCUGAGGAUUCCACUAAGCUGCUUCUCUCAAAGGAGGAUAAUGAUCUGCUGGAAACUAAAGGAGUUCCCUUCAGAAGACACAUGAAUAGGUUCCAGUGCCCUUUCUGCUCUUUCUUAACCAUGCACCGGCGUAGUAUUUCUCGUCACAUAGAAAACAUACACUUGUCUGGUAAAGCUACGGUGUAUAAAUGCGACGAGUGCCCCUUUCUCUGUACCAAUCCACUAAAACUCGACACACACAAAAAAUGUCACGCUGGCUCCUCUGAAUGGGAUACCAUGGACUUGACCGGUUACAGUCCGGACGGUCAUACCGAACGCUCGGAGCCGGUAAAUGGGGGGAACGGCAGCUCUAAAGUCAAUGGAAAAAAAUCCAAUACAUCCGAAGACCAGCAGGGUCCUCAUCGGUGCUCACUGUGCAACUUCUCUACUACGACGCUAAAAGGCUUACGUGUCCACCAGCAACAUAAACACUCGUACUGUGAUGGUACACAAGUCACGACUCGUUCAACACAAGACGGCUCGUUCAACGAGCAGCACGAUUCGGAAUUGGAGUCGCACAGUUCCUCGAGCUUUGUUCAAAAAACUCAAACAUCCAUCUUGGGAUUUUCAAACAAAAAGCACCUCAUCGGCAAAACGGCCAGAAAAUCCAUCAAUGAUUUGCCCUUGGAUCUUUCUCCGGUCAAGAAAAGGACGAGGAUCGAUGAAAUUGCAAAUAAUCUCCAGAGCAAGAUCAGUCAAAGCCAACAGCAUGAGGAUGUGAUUAAUCUCGAGGAGAUGGAUGGUGAUGUUGAGGAGAAUGGGAAUCACAUCGAUUUUGAAACGAGAGAAAACUGUGAAGUUCGAGAUGUUCAGCGCUACACGUUCAACACUCAGCAGCUUCAUGUCAGACACAGUGGAGGGCUUCAGACUGAGCGUGGCGUUGGGAAAAGAAAACGCAAUUUGCAGUCCAAGCUCAGCUCAAGAAACAUUCCUGUUCAAGUCACUAUUUCUGAUGAUGAGGAUGAAUCUAAAGAUGCCCACGAUCAAAGCAGUCAAGAUGGCAGAGACAUUUAUCAAGACAAUAUCGAGUACACAGAGGAACCUGGGAACUUGUUCUAUUGCAAACACUGUGAGUACCAAAACAAAUCAGCUCGCAGCGUCAGCACACAUUAUCAGAGAAUGCACCCUUAUAUCAAGUUCAGUUUCAGAUAUAUUCUAGACCCGGAGGAUCAGAGCGCAGUCUUCCGGUGUCUCGAGUGCUUCAUUGAAUAUAACAGCUUUAAUGAUCUGCACCAGCACUAUAUGACACUUCAUCCAGAAGCGAGCAAUGUCUUAAACUUCAACCAGCCGGAUCUGGUAUAUAUGUGCCGUUUCUGUUCCUACACCAGUCCGAAUGUGAGGAGCCUGAUGCCGCAUUAUCAAAGAAUGCACCCUUCGGUGAAGAUCAAUAAUGCUAUGAUUUUCUCCAGCUAUAUGGUUGAUCAGCCUCAAAAGGGAGCUGCUGAGUCCCAAACACUGAGAGAAAUCUUAAAUUCUGGACCAAAGAGUUUCAGCUCCGCCUCGCCUGGGUCCAGAUCAUCUUCAAGUCCCGCUCUCAAAAACAUCUGCAAAACCCCUGACGCAAACCUAGAGGCUGAAGCCUUUAGAGAGGGUCUCGGUGGAAACACGGUGGUGUACGACUGUGAUAUUUGCUCUUUUUCAAACCCCAACAUGCACUCGGUAUUAGUCCAUUAUCAGAAGAAACACCCUGACCAGAAAGCUUCAUACUUCCGCAUACAGAAAACCAUGCAUGUCAUAUCUGUUGACAAAGCACAGCUGUCGAGCAACUCGGCCUACGGCUCGUCUAACACGCCAAAGUCUUCGAACGUUAUCCUCCCUACAGCUCAGGAUGAAGACUUGUACUACUGCAAACACUGUGUCUACAAUAACCGGUCUGUAGUGGGUGUUCUAGUCCACUACCAAAAACGUCAUCCAGAGAUUAAGGUAACAGCAAAGUACAUAAAGCAGGCACCACCAACCCCAGGACUUAUGAAGCUUAUGGAUGAGUUACAGAUCGCACCCCCUAAACAGUUUCUAAAGCAGUUUAAUAACAACGGAACCGAAGUCCCAAAUAAAUCUAAAUCUGACAAAGGGGAAUCUGAAAUGCUUUUCUUUUGCCAACACUGCGACUACGGAAACCGCACUGUCAAGGGAGUCUUGAUACACUACCAGAAGAAGCACAGGGAUGUAAAAGCAAAUGCUGACCUUGUCCGUAGACAUACAGCUGUGGUUCGGAGUCAAAGAGAAAGAGCACAGAUGAUCCAAGCUGGAAGCUCUGGAUCGAAUGUGACCGUAGCUACCGAAGCCGAAAAAUCCAAGCCGUUGCGAUCUUUGAAGUGCAGACACUGCCCCCACACGUCUCCUUACGUUUAUGCCCUGAAGAAGCAUCUGAAGAAGGAUCAUCCUACUGUGAAGGCCACAGCCAUGACUAUCUUACACUGGGCUUAUCAGGAUGGUGUAUUGGAGGCUGGUUAUCACUGUGAGUGGUGCAUAUAUUCUCAUGCCGAACCCAGCGGCCUGCUCAUGCAUUACCAAAGACGCCACCCGGAGCAUAACGUCGACUACGCGUACAUGGCCAGCAAGCUGUGGGCUGGCCCAGAUACUUCCACCAGCAGACAGGCUGGCAACUCAGAAACGAAGCAUUACCAAUGCAGAGACUGUGCCUUUGAGGCUUGUUCCAUAUGGGACAUUACUAACCAUUACCAAGCGGUACAUCCCUGGGCCAUCAAAGGUGAUGAGUCCGUACUCAUUGACAUUAUCAAGGGGAACCGACCCUCAGAAAAAGUGCUCCCACAGCUGGCCAAAGGACACUCUUCCAUGUCUAGUUCGUUCUGCAGUGACCAACAGGAAGAGGGCGGAGCUGAAAUUGGCCACCUGACACACGAUCGGCACCCUAAUAUGUCUCUGUCUGCAAGCUCGUCUAUCUCCAACAACCCUUACCAGUGCACUGUGUGUUUGUCUGAGUACAACAGUCUUCACGGACUCCUGACCCACUAUGGCAAAAAGCACCCGGGCAUGAAGGUGAAAGCCGCCGAUUUUGCUCAGGAAGCGGACAUCAACCCAAGCUCCGUAUACAAGUGCAGACACUGUCCGUACGUGAAUUCUCGUAUCCACGGUGUUCUCACACACUACCAGAAACGACAUCCGUCCAUCAAGGUCACAGCCGAAGACUUUGCAGAUGAUGUCGAGCAGGUCGGCGAAGUAGUUAGCGAAGGGGAUGAGAGGUCAAAAACGCAGAGGCAGGGCUAUGGUGCGUAUCGCUGCAAGAUGUGCCCUUAUACACAUGGCACUUUAGAGAAACUAAAGAUACACUAUGAGAAAUAUCAUAACCAGCCUGCGUCAGACAUGUUCAACUCGAAUGCAGCACAAUCGCCGGCCGAAAGAGACGAUUCCAUUGCAGAAUGCAGUAACAGCAGCGUGACGCGAGCGUCCGAGGUCUGCGACUACGACGUCAAGCUCUCUGAACUUGCAAAGAGCGACCAGCACGCGGUGUUCAAAUGUCAGCUUUGCAAAUACUUCUGCUCUACGCGCAAGGGUAUCGCUCGCCACUACCGGAUCAAACACAACAAUGUGAGAGCUCAGCCUGAGGGUAAGAACAAUGUUUUCAAAUGCGCCCUCUGCUCUUACACCAACCCCAUCCGCAAAGGCCUUGCCGCUCACUACCAAAAACGCCACGACAUCGAUGCUUACUACACGCAUUGUUUGGCAGCAUCCAAAACAUUGAGCGAGAAACCCAACAAGGUGAUGGUGCCCUUGACAUCAGAGCCGGAGACUCCGGCGAUGAGCGAGGAACUGAAGCUGGCGGUGGACCGAAGGAAAUGUUCGCUGUGUUCUUUUCAGGCGUUCAGCAGGAAGAGCAUCGUCUCGCACUACAUCAAACGCCACCCGGGAGUCUUUCCAAAAAAGCAGCCCUCCAACAAACUAAGCCGUUACUUUACUGUGAUCUAUGCUGACGAGCCAGAGAAACCUCCCUCCGCGGAGAUUGUAAACGUAGUUGAGGUAAAAGACGAGGUGGAAGCCGAGGGUGACGUAGAGUGGCUUCCCUUUAAAUGUCUGAAAUGUUUCAAGCUCUCGUUUAAUGCGGCAGAGAUGCUGGUGACGCAUUACAAUGACGGUCACGGCGAAGAACUCAAGCGGGACUUUGUCACCAUUCCCAGCCCUGCAGAAGAUGGGACGGAGCUCUAUCAGUGCACCCACUGUGAAAUCAAAUUCUUGGCCCUUCCAGAACUCGCUGUCCAUCUGAUGAACCACAAUGAGGAUUUCCAGAAAAGAGCCAUGAGACAGGAACGGAGAAAACAGCUUCAAAGCAAGAUAAAGACGGCGGAGCCACUGGACGCCAAACCUGAGAAUAAGGUGGAAAACACAGCCGAUAAAACUCCGGCUGGUUACAGGUGUAACUUUUGUGUCGAGGUCCACUCCACCCUCCGUGCCAUCUGUAACCAUCUGAGGAAACACGUGCAGUACGGCGAGGCCAAAGAAGGUCACGUGAAGCAUGAAGCUGUAGAGAUGCCUGUCGCUCCUGCAGUGGUCGGGAACUCCAACGGUGACGUAGAGGAUGCGGUUGCCGUGGACGCUGACCCUUCGGAGACCGUUUCGCCACCGUCCGCUGUCACCAUGGAAACAGAGGAGUCUGUGCCCGUAGAAACGGUGCCGGCGGAGGAGGAGAAGACGCGAGCGGUUCCCGGGCAUCCGUGCAGCAUGUGUAACCGCAUGUUCAUGUCCAUGCAGGGCCUGCGCUCUCACGAGAGAAGCCACUCGGCUGUAGCGCUCAUCAGUAGAGAUGACAAAUACAGCUGCCAGUACUGUCAGUUCUCUUCUCCAUUCAGACACAAUUUAGAUCGUCACGUUCAGUCUCAUCAUGGACAUCAGAAGCCGUUCCGCUGUAAGUUCUGUCCCUUUAAAUCUUCAUACUUGAGUCGUCUGAAGAGUCAUCUGCACAAAGCACACGCAGGUGAGCACACGUAUAAAUGUUUCUCCUGUCCGUUCUCCACCACGACCAUCAGUCAGCUGAAGGAUCAUUCACUGCAGGAACACGGAGAAACUCUCACACUGCCUAAACUCCGAGCCGGAGCCGCACUGCGAUCCACACGACCCAACACUGAAGAAACAACUGAAGAGUCCAAUGGUGAGACGAGAGUGGUUUCCGAGCCGGUCAGGUAUCUGGAACCGACAGAUGUUCAGCAGCAGUUAAGUCACUUCCAGCUGUCGUCUCAGAGCGAGGUUUCCUCCGGCCCAUCCGUCGGCGCGGCGUCUUCUCUGGCGGCGGAUGGUCCGGUUCCUCCCGCUCGACCUGACUGCAUCCUCACCUGUGAGUUCUGUGAGUUCAGCUCCGGUUACAUGCAGAGUCUGCGCAGACAUUAUCGUGAUCGCCACGGUGGAAAAAAGCUCUUCAAAUGCAAGGACUGCUCGUUCUUCACCUGCUACAAAUCGACCUUUACGCUGCAUGUGGAUGGCGGUCAUCCCAGCAGUCCUGAAGAGAUUCCCAAAGAUCUGCGCUGUCCGUUCUGUCUCUACCACACCAAACACAAGAGUAGCAUGAUCGACCACAUCGUCCUGCACAGAGAGGAGCGUGUCGUACCUCUGGAGGUGUCAAGGUCGAAGCUCUCUCGUCACCUGGAGGGCGUGGUCUUUUGCUGUCAUAAAUGCACGUUCACGUGUUCCAGCGAGCAGAACCUUCAGCAGCACCUGGAGAAACACGAGGAACCGAAGCCCUAUCAGUGUCAGCUGUGUUACUACGACAGCAAAGUCCUGCAUGAGCUGGAGAUUCACCUGCAGCACGAGCACAAGGUGAUCCGUAACUUUGAGCUGGUGGGACGGGUGAACCUGGAUCAGCUGGAGCUGCUGAAAGAGAAGAUGAGGGAGACGAGCGGCAGUGAGGAAGAGGAAAGAGAGGAAGCAGAGAACAUGGAGGAGGAGGAGGAGGAAGAGGAGGAGCUGAUGGAGGAGACGGAGGAAGAAAAGGUGACAGAGAGUCAACAAGAGGAGCCCCCCAGUGACCGGUCGAAUGUGACGGGUGUUGUGGAGUCUCCGGGCAGCAGCACCGUGAAACGAUAUCCAUGCGAGUUCUGCGGUCGAACGUUCACGCUCGACACGGAAUGGGAACGUCACGUCCUUCGGCACGGCAUGACUGUUAAUGGCAGCAAGAAGGACAGCGGUCCUCUGCCCUCCACCGGAUCAUCGACUCUGAUUGGUCCUGCGUCUGUGAUUGACAGAGGCCUUGACUUAUCCAGUAACACUGUGGAUCCUGUGAGAGCGGUUCAAUCUGACCGGUCCAAGAUUCAAAACGAGGAGAUGCUGGAGACCAAAAACGACCCUUAGGAGAAAAAUGAAAGCAUUGGUUUUGGAUCAUCUGACACGGUUAAGAAUGUUGUAUGUUUGGUUUUCUGUUCAUCUGUUCUAGAUCAUUCAUUUUGAUGCAGAACAAAAUCGGCUGCUGCGUUAAUCUUUAGUUAAAAAGCUCACGCGUAAUCGUCCCGGUUUGGAGUAUCAGUAGAUGACGUGUUAAACAUCGACGUUUCCAGUUGUUUUACGUUCUUCGUGUUUGUUUCGUCGCUAAAUCUUACACUGAAUUUUACAAAGUGUGACUUGGUCCCUCAGGACAGAUGUUGAUAUAUUGGUAACCAAUAGUGAAUGAAACUGACAGGCGAUUAUUCCGAUGGGAUCCCGGGUCCCUCCGGCUGCGGGUUUGCUUUGCACGUCUUACAGCUUUGUUUCCAUCGUUAAACUAAAGAAAUAUCCCAACUCUUCUCACAUCCACGCAAUGUUCCAAGCACUUUUGUGAUUCAUAUGUAAACGUACACUAAACAUGAUAGCGUACAGUCAAUCUAGAGUAAAUAAACCGAUGUCUUCCACCGCAGUGAACGCACACUGAUAGUCUUGAAGACGGUGUGUAUAUGUGCUUCACAAGCUCAGAGCUUUCUGUCCUUUAAAUAAGAGGCCAUUCAUCCAGAACGCUCUCUCCGUUACCGACGACCCGCCCAUUCCAUCGAAAUACCGCCUGACAGUUUCAGUUUUUUACAUUUUAGCCUUGUGUUAAUCUUCCUGUAGCUAAAUUCCUUAAGGAAUAGUCUCAUCUUAUUUAUCUAGAUAUCACAAGUUUGUUCGUUUUUAUCAAUAGAUAUUUUAGAGAAUCAAAACUUCCCCCCAAAAAAAACUUGUAGCAAAUUGCUACUUUUGAAGACUUUGUAUCGCUCUCGUUUUCCCCGACGCUUCACUUUGACUUUAGUGACGGCCUGCGAGUCGCUCAACAGACGACGUUAAAUCAUUAAAGAUCUAUCUGCUGAUCUCAGGUCGUUUCCUGCAUUUGGAACGUAAAGGAUCUCGAUCUGUGUCUGAUCAGAUCAUCUUUAUAUUCUGGGUUUAAAACUACUAAACUCUGUUGACAGCAUCAUGUUGGGUACCACAGAAAAUCAUUUCAUUUAUAAGAAAAGCAAAAAUAAUGCCUAAAGUCUUUUUUGGGGAAUCAAUAAAAAACAAUGAAUGGACUUCUGUGUGAUCGUUUACAUGAAGCGGCAUUGGUAAUGCAACUACAUUAUAGAUCAUGUAAGACACAUUUUAUAUGAACAAAUAUUCUAGUCUGACACUAGUUGAGCAUGUCACCGUUGAAUUGAGCUUAACUCGUUUUGAAUCAAGAAUAUUUCAAUUGCAGGAAACAAUCGAGUAAAAGUUCAUUGCUUCCAAAGCUUCUCACGUGAGUCCCGUUUGACUGCCUGCGUUUCUGUACGUCGCACUUAUUGAUGGCAUGAGAUAAAUGAAGAAAACUAUAAGGCUGAGAUUGAAUGUUGCGGGACGUUGCUGCUGGAAAACCCCAAAGCCUUAUCAGACUCCAGAUGCUUCCGUCCAGCGUCUGUUGCAUUGAGGAAGCAGAAUAUUAUUGGUCAUACGAAACACGUUUAUCAUGAGCAACUUACACACAAGUACAGAAAACAAAACAAAACAAAAUACUUUUCUUGGUACCAAAAGUUUCGCUUCCCAAAGUUCUGGCUGGUAGCCCGAGAUAUGAUUGUCUUACCCGAGCAUUGCUGACAGGAAACCCAGCUGCCUUCUGGGUAAUAUGUGCAUGCCGUUCUGCAGCCAUGUAUAAACGUCCAAACUCCUCAUAAGUGUUGAAAAAACUGUGCUGUUUCAGAAAGAAUCUGUUCAUUUUAAAUGUUGUUCUGAUAUUUAACUUAAAAAAAGAGAGAGAAAGAAAGAGAGAGAAGAAUAGAAAGAAAAAUACAAAGCCAAUAGAAUAAUGUUUUUUGUUUUUUUAGCUCUCAACUGUUCAAUGCUGUUGUAAAAUGUCUGGUUAAGAAAAACAAUAAAAACAAAGUCUCCUUUUGUACCUUUAAAUCCCUGAGUUUCCUUCAUAAGGAGCAGUCCAGCCUUUCUGAAACGUAGAGAAACAUGACAGAAAUCAGCUUUUGGCUGUGGUAACACACUGGAUAUAUAUCUGUAUAUAUAUAUACGCUUUAGGCUUUAAUUCUCUCUUCCUGUUAAAGGUGCACCAUAGUUGAACUUAACUUCCUCUUCUCCAUUUGGCCUUCUGUGAUAAUCCUGAUGAUUUCUGAUGGUUGCUCGUGAUGUCGACUAGACUGGUUGUUUACAAUUUUAUUCCUUUCAUUUCUCUAUAUUCUGUAAAUAUUGUAAUUCAUUGUCUUUUUUUAACUUGGUAAUAAAGUUAUCAGAUAACGUAAA